AUGAAGCAGGAAGAAGGUCAAGACUUCAGUGUAACUGCAGAUGUGAAUUUUGCUGUAGUGAAUGUCGAACAUGAACUGCCAAUUUUAGGACUGAACGAUUGUGUCAAUUUAGGACUCAUUAAGAGAGUGUCAUCGAUAUGUUUGUAUUUUAAGGAUAAGGACGAUGUUUUAACCGGCUACAAGACAGCUUUUGAAGGAUUGGGACAGUUUCCAAGCACUCAUCAUAUUCAGCUUAAGGAGGGUGCUAUCCCACAAAUUCGACAAUCACGGAGAGUACCUUACAGUUUACAGGAAAAACUAAAGGAAAAGUUGGACCAACUUGAGGAAACUGGGGUGAUUCGAAAAGUUGACAAACCUACAGCAUGGGUCAAUCCUCUGGUGAUCGUGGAAAAACCCGAUAAGUCUUUGAGAAUCUGCAUAGAUCCGAUGCCAUUGAACAAGGUGGUAAUGAGAGAGCACUUUCUAAUGCCACACCCUGAUGAUAUUCUGAAAAAUAACUACAAAUGCUUUGGAAACCUGAAGGGAGUUAACAUAGUACAUGAUGAUAUUAUUGUAGGAGGAACGACAUCGGAAGAGCAUGACGAAAAUUUAAAGAGAGUUUUGGACACAGCCCUUAAACUUGGAAUCAAGUUUAAUCCAAACAAGAUGCAAUUUAAGAAGAGCGAAGUUAAGUAUCUGGGAAACAUAGUAUCGGCUGCAGGAAUCCAACCCGACCCAGAUUAUGUAAAGGCCAUAGUUGAAAUGGACCCACCCACGGACAAGAAAGGGGUAAUGCGGUUAUUGGGCAUGCUAAAGUAUUUAUCGAGGUUCAUACCAAAUUUAGCAAAAAUCACUGCACCCCUCAGACAUUUGACAAGAAAGGAUGUGGACUUCUUAUGGACCGUAGAGCAUGAAGAUGCUCUGAAGAUUAUCAAGACAUUAAUUUCCAGUGAACCAGUUUUGGUAUACUUUGACUCUCGAAGACCUCUUGAAAUACAAACAGACGCUUCUCAAGAUGGCCUAGGAUGUUGUUUGUUGCAGAGUGGGCAGCCAGUGGCUUUCAUGUCCCGUUCAUUGACUGAUACAGAGAAGAGAUAUUCGCAAAUCGAAAAGGAAACUCUAGCUAUAGUUUUUGCUGUUGAGAAGUUUCACAGGUUUAUUUAUGGCUAUAAAGUAACAAUUCAGACUGACCACAAGCCGCUUGUAAAUAUUUUUCAACAAGAUUUGCAUGUGGUACCAGGUCGGCUACAGAAAAUGAGACUAAGGUGUUUGAAUUAUGAUCUGGAAGUAAAGUACUUACCUGGUAGUAGCCAACUUAUUGCUGAUACGUUGUCAAGAGCAGCAUUAAAAUGCACAGAAAUGACAGUGUCUUCAGAAUUUCAAGUACACAGUUUAACAAGUUCAUUGCCUAUGACUGAAGAGAAGAAGAAAUUAUUCCAGCGUUACACUGAUGAGGACCAAGAAACUGCUAUUGUGAAGAGAUACUGCAAAGAAGUUUGGCCAGAAAGGAAGCAAGACACCCCAGAGAUAGUACGCCACUAUUGGAACCAAAGACAUAUGGUAUCUGAAGAAGAUGGUUUAUUGUUUUUAAAUCACAAACUGAUUGUGCCACGACAGCUACGACAGGACAUGCUUCAGCGAAUCCAUAUCGCGCAUGGAGGAAUCGAAAAGUGCAAAGCUAGGGCUCGACAGAUACUUUAUUGGCCACGAAUGGCUACAGACAUUGAAAGUUUUGUGGCUCGUUGCAGGAUAUGUGAAAGGUUUUCCAGGAGUAAUGCAAAGGAAACCCUUAUGCCGUAUCCUAUACCUACUAGACCAUGGGAGCGUAUCGGAUGUGACAUAUUUUCAUAUGGAGGAAAUGUGUACUUAGUCAUGAUGGAUGCUUACUCAAACUGGUUGGAGCUGGUUAAAAUGCCAUGUAAAUCAGCAACGUCUGUAAUAUCAGCAUGCAAAGACAUCUUCAGUAGAUUUGGCCCUCCUGAUAUAAUGGUGGCGGAUAAUGUCCCUUACAACAGUGCCCAAAUGAGGGAAUUUGCCCGUGAAUGGAAUUUUGAAAUUGUGACACGCAGUCCAGGCUAUGCACAAUCCAAUGGGCUUGCUGAAAGGGCAGUUGGAAUGGCCAAAGAGUUGAUAAGGAAAGUACAGUAUGACAAUAAGGAUUUGAAAAUGGCUUUAUUGGAGUUUAGGAACAUGCCCGUUAAGCAUCUGGGAUAUUCUCCAGCUCAGCUGAUGUUUCAACGCAGGUGUAAGACAACGAUCCCUGUUACCGAGGAACUGCUGAAACCAACGCUGAAUGAUGGAGUACAAGACAGGUUAAAUACAAGACAACAGCUGCAGAAAAAAUAUUAUGAUCGGUCAGCCAAAGACUUAAGGGUUGUAAGAAAUAACGAAAGAGUUGUCUUCAGAAAUGAAGGAAGGUGGGAGCAGGGAAAGAUUGUUAAUCAAGGACCAACUCCAAGAAGUUACUGGGUAGAAGGUGAUAACGGGGCUACAUUAAGAAGAAAUCGCCGCCAUCUGAAACCAUCACUCACUCAACAAAACAAUUCCCAGUCAGUUCCAAGGCAAGACGAGCCAGUACAACUAAGACCUCGUAGAGAAAUCAAGCUACCAUCAAGAUUUCAGAAUACAAUAUAA